AUGAACAAAUUGGACAAUAAAAUAGUCACAACAAAAAAUAAUGUGGGCAAUGAGUUCGAAAAAAAUAAUGGCACAGGAAAAGACAACCGAUACUUGUACUUGCGUUCUGUGGCCAAAAUCGAGUGUGGUCAAAAUGAGGGUACAGCAGUUUGCGUUCACACAUCUGACGCUGUCGGCGGACACCUGUUCCUCACCUGUGCUCAUGUCGUAGACUAUACAAUCCAAUCGGUAAUAUUACGAUAUGAUGGACGUGCAAUUAAAGGUAGAGUUAUAUAUGUUAAUCGUAAGGCUGUACCAUAUGAUAUUGCUGUAAUUGUAGCUGAACAAACUAAACAAACUACUGACAUUUUACCUUGUCAGAUAUCAGACAAAACCCCGGCCACUGGUCAAAAAAUGUUUUCGGUUGGAUUCGCUUGUCGAGAAUAUGUACCAUCUACAGUUUUCGGUCACAUGCACAGAAUGAUAUAUAGCAUAUUGACGACCACUUGUAAUGUGAGUGCAGGGUUCAGUGGCGGUCCAGUCUUUUCAAUCGACAGAAAACUGUUGGGUCUCACUGUUGGAAAGUUGAACACAGGCACUUUUCAUUUUGUAUUGCCUUCUACAGAAUUUGUGGAAACUAUUAACAAAUAUAUCAUUACUAAUAACAUUGAAAUACUUAAUGAUUUAGAAUCCAAGUGCCCAUUGAAAACAGUGCUAUGGAACAAUGGCAUUCCAACCUUCGAAGUAUGUCAUAUUUAA